UUGGCCCCGCCCCCUCAUGCUGCUGCUGGAGCAGCGUUGAAGUCUGUUGUGUUUCGGCACCAGGCUGCCGAACCGACACAGUCGCGCUUCAUUUUAGUAUUUUCACCUUUAAAAAUGGCGUCCGACGGCAUGGAUGAGCGUUCGCCGCUACUGUCGGCGCAGAACUCUGGAAAUGUGACGCCCACUGCGCCUCCGUACCUCCAGGAGCCCAGUCCGAGAGCUGAGCUUCCUCCCCCGUACACAGCCAUUGCCAGUCCCGAUACAGGAGGAGUGCCUGUCAUUAACUGCCGAGUGUGUCAGUCUCUCAUAAACCUGGAUGGGAAGCUCCAUCAGCACGUUGUGAAGUGCACGGUCUGCAAUGAGGCCACGCCAAUUAAAAACCCACCAGCUGGGAAAAAGUAUGUCAGGUGUCCCUGCAACUGCCUGCUAAUUUGUAAAGACACAUCACGGAGGAUAGGAUGCCCUCGGCCCAACUGCAGACGGAUCAUCAACCUGAGCCCUGUGAUGGUGAUCCCAGAGGAGCAACCUGCACAGCCAGCACUUCCUAUUCAGCCCGAAGGCCUGCGUGUGGUGUGCGGCCACUGCGGCAAUACGUUUCUUUGGAUGGAGCUCCGAUUUAAUACGCUGGCCAAGUGUCCACAUUGCAAAAAAAUCUCUUCUGUUGGUAGUGCCCUACCCAGGAGGCGCUGCUGCGCCUACAUCACAGUAGGAAUGAUCUGCAUUUUCAUCGGAAUUGGACUAACAGUUGGAACCCAAGAAUUUGCAAGCAGGUAUCAUGCUACCUAUGUGUCAUGGGCCUUUGCGUAUCUGCUCGGUCUUAUCUGCCUGGUACGAGCCUGCUACUGGGGAGCAAUUAGAGUCAGCUAUCCAGAGAACACCUUUGCGUAGACGAAGUGUUUGUGAUCGUUGAUUUAACCCUUUUAGUAUUUCAUUUUAUCCUGAUUUUAACAGGCGUUUAACAUUUGACUGGUCAUUCUAUGUAGGUGAGCUGAAAUCAAGGCAGGAAAUUUAUGCAUUGUGUUCUAAUGGAUUGGGUGUAAAAUAUUUAUAUAAAAGCUGAUCAGAAAUUCAAAAUAUGAUGAAAUCAACAUUGGCUAGUGACGUUUAAAUUGAAGGUACGCACGCCUUGUGGUUGUCAUCACUCCUACUGGAUAGAUUGUGUGUGCUGUGUUUUGUUACCAACUGACCAAAAUGAACAAUUUGUCCAUUGCACUACAGUUUUAUGCAAAUAUACUGUUUUUUUUUUUUUUUUUUUGCUGCUAGUUGUCAGGUGUAAAAAGCUGCAGGUUGUUAAGUAUUAAAAGCUGCCUACUCUAAACAAGGUACUGUGUUCCAUUUAUAUAAUCGUACAUCUUACAUGUGCCACCAUCCAUGUUCGUAUCUCUGGAGGAAGAAAAAUGAUCAGCGCUCUCGAAUUCAAACCGUUCGCGCCGCUCGAACGUACUCUGACAGAUUAUUGCGGAUUUUCAGAGUAAUCAUAAACGGCAUGCUUACAAACGUCAAAGCUCAGAAUUUGACUCCAAUGAGAUUUAAAUGUUUCGCAUGAUAUUAAUUUGUAACACAGAUCAGUGUUUCUCUGUCAAUGAAAGGUCACUGUGGAAGUGUUAGGCCCUAAUGUUCAGCCUUCCUUUCUAUACGUAGAACAUAAACACCUCUGCUUCCUUGUUCAUGCUUAUAUCACUGUAGAUCGCUAACUUUGGCAGGGUGACUGGGCACAACUGUAGUUACUAAUCCUGUUCUGAAUGUGAAAAGCAAGUUUCUUUGUACAUAGAUUAUUCAUCGCACCAAGACUAACUUAAGUUUGAGUAUGGAUUGGGUCUUUUUAAAAAUGGUAAUUUAUCAAUAAAAUUAAAAAAAAAUGAACUCCUGUA